GAAGCGAAUUGUACGAACUUUUUUGACCUCUUGAACUUUCUGCCUCUCGAAACGCCUCUCGACAACAUCGACAAUUCCAGAUACCGUCGCCCAUCAUGUCUUUGGUUACGUACGUCAAAAUUUCACAAUUUUUCCUUUGCAAUCCGGGCCCAGAAAUGCUCAAGAAUUAUUUUGUGACCUUUAGUGAGGUUGCGCUCCAGAAUUGAUUAUUUUGGCGCCCCUACCUCGAACUUGCGUCGAACAUUUAACUGACAACAUAUAUACAGCGGGGAGAAGUCCAACUUUCAAUACAUUCUGCGUCUCCUCAACACUAACGUUGAGGGAAAGCAGAAGGUUAUGUUUGCGCUCACUAAAAUUAAGGUAAACUCGUUUAUAUCAAAGCUCUUCCUCUAAUACUAACCAUAUCCUAGGGUGUCGGACGUCGUUACUCCAACUUGGUCUGCAAGAAGGCCGAUGUUGAUCUCAACAAGCGGUAUGGAUUACAAUGAAUACGGGAAUAGAAGGACAAAGGACUAAUCGAUUGUAGCGCUGGUGAACUUACCUCCGAAGAGCUCGAGAGAAUCGUUACCAUCAUCCAAAACCCAACUCAAUACAAGAUCCCAUCCUGGUUCCUCAACAGACAACGCGAUAUCGUCGAUGGCAAAGACUCCCAAGUUCUCGCCAACGGUGUCGACUCCAAGCUCCGUGAUGAUUUGGAACGCUUAAAGAAGAUCCGUGCCCACCGUGGUCUCCGUCACUACUGGGGUCUCCGUGUUCGUGGACAACACUCCAAGACUACUGGACGCAGAGGUAGAACUGUCGGUGUUUCCAAGAAGAAGGGAAAUUAAAUAUUUGUGCUCUGGGAUUUACGGUUGGUUGGAGUGUGGCUUUUGCGAUGGACUGGUACUUUACAUCUGGUUCAACAGCUUAUACAGCAUGAUGCUGUUACUGGGUAUGCCCCAGGAAAAUCAGUACAUGAAAAGGAAACAAUAAAUCAUCAAUGGCCUCACUAUAAUUUUAUGUGCCUUCAGAAUGAUGUGCCAAGAUCAAAUCAAUGACACGUCAUGAGAAAUAUGAGAGCUGUUUUUACCAGGAUUCUAGGG